AUGGCCCCAACACUCAUCACCGGCGCGACAGGCUUCAUCGGCUCCCAGGUUGCCCUGCGUACUUUGCAAGCGGGCCACCGUGUCCGUCUCACUAUCCGUCGCGAGGAACAGGCUGACAAGCUCCGUCGCAUCUUCGCUGAGUACGAGAAGCAAUUGGAAUUUGUGAUUGUACCGGAUAUCACCGUCCCCGGGUGCUUCGACGAGGCAUUGCAGGGUGUGGAGUAUGUUCUGCAUCUGGCGUCUCCAUUGCCCAACCCAGGCAGCGAUGAUCUGGUUACCCCCGCCAAGCGAGGAACCAUGACUAUCUUAGAAUCAGCGGCAAAGGUGCCCAGUAUCAAGAAGGUGGUGGUCACAGGAUCGGUGCUAUCGCUAAUCUCACUGGGAGAUCUCAAGGACGGAUUGGUCGUCAGAGAGGACAACGAGAUAAACUACACUCUACCCCCGGAUUCUACAAUCCCUACCCUGCCCCCAAUGGCCCAAUACCACGCCAGCAAGCUCGCUGCCCACAAAGCCACCCUCGACUUCCACGCCGCCAACCACCCCCAAUUCGACAUAGUCACCCUCCACCCCGUCUUCGUCUACGGCCGCAGCCUGGUCCAAGAAACCCCCGAACAGCUCGGCGGGUCCUGCGGCGCGCUUUUCCAGUCUCUUUUCGCCGAGACGCCCAGCUUCCAGCAGCUCGUUGGCGUGCAUAUCGAUGAUGUUGCGGAUGCGCAUGUGCGGGUUUUGGAUGGCGGUGUUAGCGGAUUGAGGUCGUACUUGCUGGCGUCCGAGACAAGGUCUUGGGGGGAUGUGAGGCGGUUUUUGGAGGGCAGGUAUCCUGGGGUUGGGUUUGGGUUGAAGGAUACUGAAGGUACUGAAGGUACUAGGUAUAGGGUUGAUGCCGGAAGGGCGGAGAGGGAGUUGGGGGUUGAGUUCAAGGGCAUGGAGGACAUGGUUGGCGAUGUUGUUGAUCAGCAGUUUGAGUUGAAGGGAGGACUGUAG